CACUAUUUAGCUCACAAGCUUUAAAAAAACGGUUGCUAUAAAUAGUCUAACUAUCUUAUAAUCAAUGUCAGUUAAAUUUAGACAAACGAUCUAAACGGUUUAAGUGUAAACUAGCUAAUUCUAACCUAAUUCAAAAUGAAAUUCUUAAUCUUGGCUCUCAUUGUUUGCGUAGCUAUCAUUGCUACUGUCAGCGCUGUACCCGUUGAAGAAGCCAUUCCCCAGGGUAUUGAAGGAGCUGCAUCCGAAACUGUCAAUCCCUCCGAUGAUCAAUCAUUCUUGUUGAAAUUGAAAUUGUUGAAAAAACUUUUGUUCCUCGGUUAAAUAAUUUCAAGAAAAUCUAGUUAAUCCCCUUUUUAGUUAUGUGCUAUACUUUAUUAAAAACAAAGAAAUAAUACUAAAAAAUGUUCAAUAGUUUUAAGUUAAAUCAAAAAUCUUUUAUAAUACUAAAUUUAGUUAAAUAAAUGUAAAAAAACAAUAUUUUUAG